UGUUUUUUUAGCUUUUAGGCUUCGAUUUGCGCAAAAAAAAGCUUCGAAUUCAUCAACACAACAACUAAUUUCGAAAAAUCAAACGAGAUUGAUCGAAUCCAUAAAAAUGGCAUCGUGGAAUUCGAUUCCGCUCGAAAUCUCUUACGAAAUCGUCGGGUGGAUCGCGUUUGCUUCUUGGUCGAUUAGCUUCUACCCGCAGCUGAUUUUGAAUUUCCGCAGGAAAUGUGUUGUUGGAUUGAACUUCGACUUCGUGCUGCUGAAUUUGACGAAGCACUCGUCGUAUAUGAUCUACAACGUCUGCCUCUACUUUAGCCCCGUUAUUCAGAAGCAGUACUUUGACACUUAUGGCGAUAAAGAGAUGAUACCUGUGGCUGCAAAUGAUGUUGCAUUCUCAAUCCAUGCGGUUGUAAUGACAGCUCUUACACUCUUCCAGAUAUUUAUCUAUGAACGUGGACCUCAAAAAGUAUCCAGACUUGCUACAGGUCUUGUGAUUGUCGUGUGGGCAUUCGCAGCUAUCUGUUUCUUCAUAGCAUUACCUACACAAUCUUGGCUUUGGCUCAUUACUAUCUUCAACUCGAUUCAGGUUUUCAUGACAUGCGUCAAGUACAUUCCACAGGCAAAGAUGAACUUCACUAGGAAGAGCACAGUCGGGUGGAGUAUUGGGAAUAUUCUGCUCGAUUUUGCUGGAGGGCUCGCUAAUUAUCUGCAGAUGGUUAUACAAUCUAUUGACCAAAAUUCUUGGGUGAAUUUCUAUGGGAACAUUGGAAAGACUCUCCUAUCACUCAUAUCAAUAUUUUUCGAUAUCCUCUUCAUGUUUCAACACUAUGUGUUAUACCCAGAGAAGAAAACCUCAAAAUCUCUGGAAACUGGUCAUGAAUCGAACGAACCUCUCAUUGAUCCUUCUCAUGAACAUGUUUAAAGAUCCGAAUACUCUGGAGAAUCAAAGUCAGAAAGAACAAAAAUCCUUAGUAGUUCCAGCCUUCCCUUUGUACAAAUGUAUAAACUCUUAAGACUCGUAGUUUAUCACAUGCUUUAAAAUAUCAAUUUUAUUGUAGCAUUAUAUAGAAACAAAGAAUGUAAACUAGAAUGGUCAAUCUUGAAUUGUCUUGUAAGAAGAAGAUGAAUGUUUAUGU